GGAAAGUAGGGAAAGUGGGACAGAGGAGAGGGCGGAUGGUGUCGAGCACGCGCCUUUCAGGUUCAUGUCUUGACAACGCCAAGUUUAUCGCUUGCUUCCUUCUCGCGGAAGCGGCACGUUGUCGGCGUGUGCCAGUAUUGAAGGGGAAAACCUCAGUCAAUGCCAAAUUUGGGAAGCGGGGUGGAGGAAAUGGCAUUUCAGCUGUUUUCGCACACCGAGCGCUGCACUGCUGCUGCUGCCGCUGGUGACGCCUGGAGGGAGCUUUAAUAAAGCGGGAUAUACCUGUGUCUAGCAGCUGAAGAUGCUGAAUUCAAGUGUUUUAUUCUCGUCAUGGCAAACGGAACCGGCAGCAUCAUGUUGAAAUGCGUGGUCGUCGGUGACGGCGCCGUUGGAAAAACUUGUCUGUUGAUGAGCUAUGCCAACGACGCCUUUCCAGAGGAAUAUGUGCCCACCGUCUUUGAUCACUAUGCAGUGAGUGUGACGGUCGGGGGGAAACAGUACCUGCUGGGGCUCUAUGACACUGCGGGUCAGGAGGACUAUGAUCGCCUGCGACCCCUGUCCUAUCCUAUGACGGAUGUCUUCCUCAUUUGCUUCUCCGUGGUCAAUCCGGCCAGCUUCCAGAAUGUAAGAGAGGAAUGGGUCCCUGAGCUGCAGGAAUAUGCACCAAACAUCCCUUACCUGCUCAUUGGCACUCAGAUUGACCUGCGGGAUGACCCCAAGACUAUCGCCAAGCUCAACGACGUGAAGGAGAAGCCCAUUGUGACGGAACAAGGCCAAAAGCUAGCAAAGGAGAUUGGUGCCUGCUGCUAUGUUGAAUGCUCAGCACUAACACAGAAGGGCCUGAAGACUGUGUUUGAUGAGGCCAUUAUAGCCAUUCUGGCUCCUAAGAAAGGCGCACUGAAGCGAAGACUAGGCCCGCGCUGCAUUAACUGCUGCCUCAUCACAUGAACCACCAGCUCAGGUGAAUGAAAACAAGAACUGACGGUGACCAAACAGCAACUAACCAGAUCACACUCUGACUUCUGAAUGAACACAGUCACCUACAAAUGAAAUACCAACAAUGGGGGAGUGCAGUCCAAGUUAUGGACACAUGACAAGACAAAAAAAAAACUUUCAUCAGGGAGAAAAGAUACUACAUAUUAAGAUUAAAAAAGUAAAUGACUUCUUGAACACACAAGCACAGAGAUGUCUGAGACGCCCUUUUGAAUGACUAAGAAUAAAUCAAACUGUAUGUUUGUGUCUCUUUUUGAGAGAUGAAACCCAGACAAGCCUAAACAGCACAACCAAACACGGCCAUUUUUACAGAAGUAGGACUUUAUUUAACUUCCAAAAAAAAAAGGGAAACUCAGCAUCUCAAAUUAGGUUGCAAAACAGUUGCUUUUUACAAAACAUCUUCAUUUACUAGCAGGAUGAGAGGAAUGAUCAAAUAAAUAUACUGCCAUUACGAGCAGACAACAAACUAUCUGUUCUACAAAAAGACAACACUUUUUUUUAUUGGUGUAAAUGUGAGUCAUUUCUUUGAUUCGGAGCCCGUACGGUCAUUUUUUGACUUUCGUCUGGAUCUCUUUCUUUGGGUUCCUGAUGGCCUGUACUUCUUUUACUCACUUAAGCUUGUAUGUGAGUUGUUUGCGAUGCCAAUGGAUCCAGACGGGGGCGGCGAGGAGGCCGGUCAGAAAUCCAAUGGUUGCCCCAAGGGUACAAGAAAUGGGCCAAACCUGGACAAAAACAAAGAGAACUGUUUGCAGGAGCACAAGCAACUGACUGCAAAUUCUACAGCAUCACUGUGGUGUUUUACCAACCAAAUUUUGUAUCCAAGACUGCUUUCUUGCUUCUUAUUUUGUAUGUAGAGUUUUGAGUGUCGCGUGUGUAUCAGUGGCCUUGCCUCUCAGGUGUGUGCCGACUGCUUUGCAUUUCAACUUUUUUGCUUCAUAUGAUCAAGGUGAUUUCAAACGUCAAUUGAUUUUUAGUUUAUUAUUAUUAUUAUGAAUUUCUUGCAGGCCAUGCAAAUGUGUGGAGUGGUCCAAGUGGUCUUUAAAGCUUCCAGCAAAUUGUGAGCAGCAACAACAACAAAAAAACAUUUAUAAAUAGCAGAUAUAUGGAAUGCAAAUCUAAAAGUCAAUCGGCACAAUGGUUUUUAAUGAAACAACGUAAUUGAAGAUGACUUUCUGUUGAUGCCCAGCGCUCAGUGGAUAUAUAAAAUGUAAUGUAAUGACUUGCUUCAAAAUAUUUACUGACUAUAAAAGGUUUUUUUUUCUAA